CUGACUAACUGGUUCUUUCAGGAAAGACAAUACCAGCUGCAGACUUUUAAGAGCGUGCAGAAGAAACCCCUAAUCGACUACUUCCUGCUCCGAAAGAGCGAAAUUAAGAAGGUCAGAGAUUGCAUGGUUAUCCCCGGGAAGCUGUCACAAGCCGGUAUCAACCAGUGGAGUGAUUUUGAAGUACUUCAUUACGAACGCGAUAUGCCUCUUGACUUGCUUUGGAACGAUUCCCUUAAAAUUAGUGAAUUGGAAGAAGAAGACUUAGAAGAAUUGCAGAAGUUUUCACAUUUUAAGUUGGUACCCCUUGAAACGAUGGAACGAUUCCAAGUCAAAGUAUCAAAGGAUUUAAAGAGCCUGAUUUUUCCGUUGUACGGAGGGAACAAAAACGAGCCGACCGGUGCCAAAGUUGUGACUGCUGACGCGGACAACUCAUUUACGACUGCAACUGUACAGAGGGAUGAUGGACUGUUUGGUUACAAUCUUGUUGAAGAAGCCGCCAACGUUGUUGCUGUAUUUUCUUCAGAGCUUGAUGCAAUGAUGUGUUACUGUAGAACCGGUUACUGUUCAGUUAGUGUUCCUGAUGAACUGGAGCUGAAAAAUUCUACGGUACUUCCGGAAUUGAAAAAUUUUGAUACAUUGUAUAUUUGGUUUCCUGCUGACGAAAUCGAGAGAGCAAAGACGAUUGGCCAUAUGAUUGGAGUGGAUAAAUGCUAUUUUGUCAGAGAUUUGGAUACCUAUCGACUCACUUUGUCAGAGUUGGUUCAACGACGAAAGAAACAGUACACUAACGUCGAGAAGAUUCUGCUCAAUGCGGUGCGAAUGUUGCAUUCCUCCAUUUGUAGCAUACAGUCCGAGAGCGACGUUGUUGCAAACUUCAUCUACAAGCACGGUGUCUUGAAAGGCAUUGCGCAAUGGAAACGUUUGUCCGUACUGAAUGAUUACCUGGGCGGUCUGCGCUUGGGCGAACUGACGCUGCUUAGCGGGCCAACUGGCUGCGGCAAGACUACCUUCCUCAGUCAGUAUUCACUUGAUCUGUGUGAACAAACCGAAGCCCAGAAAGAGUAUUUGCAGAAUGGUGUUCGGUUCGUUUUAAUUUAA